AUGAAGUACGACCUUGAAUACUACAGCUCUUCAAAGUUGAAAAGAACUUUGGAAGAUCUUAAAAAGUCAGCAACCAAGAGUUUGAAAGAAAGUUAUUGCUCUGUGAGAAAACCACAACUGAAUAUAGAGCUGUACCAUGUGAUUCCAGAUGAAUUACACUUACUUUUAAGAAUUAUGGAUGUAUUGAUUAACAAUUUGGUAAAGGAUGCUAUCAACUGGGAUGAUAGUGAUAAUUGGAAGAGAAAGAAAAGCGAACACACAAAUACCCAUUUAACGGAGCUCAAAGAUGCAAGACGAUCUUGUGGCAUCUCCUUUGAUGUAUGGGAGAAAAAAAAUGCUGAUGGCAAAGGUUCAGGGCAGUAUGACUUUACAAGUCACAUGGGCGCAGACAAAAAAAAGUUGUUAAAAGAGCUUCCCAGUAAAUUUAAUGGAAUAAUUCGGCCUGAAACUUGCAACACUGUUGAAGAAAUUUGGCAAAAAUUUUAUAUUAUUUAUGCAAUGAUUACAUGCAAAAAACCUACAGCUGAAAUGAUGACUGACUACCAUGGUAAGACAAAAGAAUGGAUUAAUCUCUUCAUUUCCAUGAGAGACAAAAUGAAUGGUUACAAGAAGGCCAACAUAACACCUUAUAUGCAUAUAAUGGUGUACCAUAUUCCCAAAUUUUUUGAACUUUAUAAAACCAUAAAAGUCUUUACAGGACAGGGCGUAGAAAGGAACAAUGAUGUGGCCAGAAAUAUAGUGUUGCACAAGUCCAACAAAUUCGAUAGUACUGGUGAUAUCCUUAGACUUGAGUCAAGACAAUGGGAACUUAAAAACCAAGAGCGUUCAAAGCGCAAAUAUGAAAAGAGAAAUGAUCAUUACUGGGAACAUGAACUGCAUUUGGCAAGGAAAGAUAAAAGCCGAAAACUUAAUUGA